AUGUUCUUACCUGCAAGUUCUUCUUUCAUCAGUCAAGGAGUGGCCCCAGACUCCGUUCACCACUCUCGCGCUUCUGGAUCCUCCUGCAUGCCGACGUCUUGGUUCUUCUCCGACUCAACUCCGACUCACGACUUCCUUGGAGCUUGGCAACCACUAGACUCACCCAACUCCUAUGCUUUUGGACCCGACGGCUUGAGCUUGUUUCUCGACAAACCUGGAGGCAAGAUCGCCACUGAAGGGAACACCAAUAGCCGCGUCGCGGAAGGAUCCACGUUCAACUCCACGUUCACAAUCCGUUACGGCAAGGUCACGUAUGUCCUGUCUGGGCCCGACGUAGCUGGCGUGGUGACUGCGGCAAUCUUGUUAGCGGACCAAAGGGACGAGAUCGACGUUGAACUGGUCGGCGGCGACCCGAAGCAUUGGCAGACGAACGUCUUUGCGCCUGUUUCAUCCGCGGAUGAGCCGCUGUACGGCACCUUUGGUUCCGUGCAGUCGUAUCCGCGAGACACCAAGAACGUUCAAGCCACACAUUCCUACACCAUCGACUGGAGUCCAAAGCGCAUCAUCUGGAGCGUGGACGGCGUCGAGGUCCGCACUCUGACCCAAGAGGACACGAAGAAGGAUGGCUUGUUUCACUAUCCGUCUCACCCCUCCCAUCUACAGUUCGGCAUCUGGGAUGCCAGCUCACCGACGGGCACGUCGGAAUGGGCGAGGGGACCCAUCGACUGGAAUCGGGCCCCGAGCAGGAUGCGUGCAGUCUUCGAGAGCGUCCAUGUAGAGUGCCCGUACUGA